UGUAUCUUCUUCAUUUGGGUUUUGGAUAUCUGCCUCUAUCUAAUGAGAGAUUUUCAAGGUGAGUGCUUCAAUCAGAGCAAUUUCUUGAAGAUUUUUAGUUAAAUUUGGGCGAAUUAUACUCUACUUUCUGCAUACAAAACUGUUUGAUUCAUUGUCUCAACCAUAAAUAGAAUCUCCAUUUUCCUUAUAAGAUGAGUGAUGCAAGACGAAUUAGCAAUAUUCCGGGUCUUGAGGAUGAGAUUCUUGGGGUUAUUUUUUCAAGAUUACCAGUUGGAACUCUUCUGCGAUUGAAGUGUUUAAGUAAGAGCUACUGCAAACUCAUUUCAAGUCCCUGGUUUAUCACUCUGCACCACAAGAGGUAUAAUUCAGACCCUGAUAACCAUUGUAUCUUUGUUCAGACUGGGGAGAUAAAUCGUUUGAUCCGUAUACAAAAUCCUGGCAACUUGAUAAAGCUUAAUGAACCCUGUAUCACCAAUUAUACCGUUAUAGGUUCAAUCAAUGGCUUGAUCUGUUUAGUUACUACUAUUGCUUCCCGUCGAAUGAUUUUCCUAUGGAACCCUUCCAUAAAUCAAUGCGAGAUGUUCCGUGUGCACGAUGAGAACCCUCAAGAGAAACGCAAAUGUGAUAUUAGUAUGGGCUUUGGAUAUGAUAAAGAUUCUGAUGAUUACAAGGUCAUGAGGAUUCUAAGCUAUAAAACAGGCCGGCCGUUGACUAUACUUGAGAUUUACUCAACGAAUUCGGAGUCUUGGAAAGAAGUGAAGUCUAAUUGUCGCUUCAAAAUGAAUACCUGCUUCUGUAAUGUAAUUGUUGAAGGGCUUACUUACUGGGUUGCAGAGGACUUGAAUGGAAGUACUGUUAUUGCCUCGUUUGUUUGGAGUAAAGAGAAGUUCUUCAUAAUUCCUUUACCGAAACAAGUGAUAACUAAAUCUCAAAGUUUUGAGGCCACGAACUAUCAUGGGUCAUUUGCGUUGCUUGCAUACUCUACACGCAGAAAAUUCAAGGCGUGUCUUGACGUUUGGAUGGUUGAACUCGAUUUCUCUACAAUGGAGUACGAAUGGACAAAGAAGUACACCUUUCAAACGGAUUUUGGCUUUUCAAUGCAUUGGGGUCUUAUCGGUGGAGAUAUAGUAGUUGAAAAUGCUCCACGCACGCCCUUCUUGCUCAACCUGACUACAAAACAAAUGCGGCCAUUGGGAAUAAAUCCUGUUCUGUCACUUUUCAACUAUACUGAGAGUCUUGUAUCAAUUAAGGGGUUCAGGCGUGUCAGCAAUCAACUGAAAAGGAAGAGGAAGGAUUCAAAUCCAGUAAGAGCAAGAUUGAACUGAAGUAAAUGUAACAAUUCCAACAUAUUAUGUUCUACUUUUCCUUGUCUCUACUGUUUCAUAAACAUUUCUAUGAUACUUCUGUAUUGAAUCUGUCAUAAACUUAGGCAUUUAAUUGUUUAGUAAUUGGCCUCAUUAUGGUCCAAAAUAUGUACUUUGAGUUGCUAUCUGUAGUAA